AGGGGCUGAAAGUGGCAGUGGAUCAGAGCGAGGACAAUGGCAAGGACCUGGAAGGCACUCAUAUUGGUGGUGGGUUUGGCAGUGGUGUCCUGUUUGGCCCGUCGCCACCCGAGUUAUGAUGAUAUUGUUGCCAAGGCCUUGAAGUUCUACAAUGAAGUGCAGCAGGGAAGACCUCUCUUCCGUCUGCUGGAGUCCACCCCGCCACCUCGAAACUCCACCAGCAGGAUCCCACUCAAUUUCAGGAUUAAAGAGACAGUGUGCGUUUCUGCCCCAGAGAGACAGCCCAGAGAAUGUGCUUUCCGAGAGGAUGGGGAGGAGCGGACCUGCAUCGGUGAGCUCUCGAGGCGGCGUCUUUGGCACUUCCUGACCUUCACCUGCGACCGAGACUGCCAGAGGGACGGGAGGGACUCGCAGGUCCCCCGCGUGAGGCGUUCUGCUGAAUUCCCUGAGGCAGAGAAGGUUGAGGACCCCCAGGUGCCGCCUGCGGCCAGGGACUUAUAUGAGAAAGCCAAGUACGACAUCAUCAACAACAUUCUGAGUAAUUUCUAGGACUGGAGAAGGGAGGGGAGGCCCUGAAUCUCCACCAUGACCUCCCCUUCCCCACAGUCCACCUCCCUCUGUUGCCUGCUGCACCUUCUUUCCUGCAUAGUCCAGGGUGACCUCUUUUAGAGGGACGUCCAAAUUGAGAGCACAGCCACACUCCUUUGCCUUUGCACACCUGCUUCCCUCUGCCUGGAUUUCCUGUCCCGUCCUGUGUCUGUAAAUCCUAUUCAUACUUCAAGACACAGUUCAAAAGUCACCUCCUGCUCUCCCAGGGCAGAAGUGUCCAUCCCUCAUUGGUUCACUAACAAUCCUCAAACCAUCUUGGCAGCACUGUGUCUACUCACAGCUGGGCUCUCCUAGACCAGCUGUGGUGGCUGUGGAAUGGGUCUCUCAAUGAGGUGCUUCUGGCCUUCUGGGAGGGUGAUUCCUUUUGUGCAAGACCCUGAGUACCCCUGCUUCCUGCCUAGUCAAAUGCCUAUCCAGGCACCUCUAAGGGGACCAGAUCAUCCUUGAGUGAAAUCCUUGAGUGAAUAAAAUGUUUCU